AUGUCGGAUCCUUCUGCAGACUCGGACAAGAUUCGAAACAAGAGACUGGCCAAACUACAACAGUCUCAACCACCAGCCCAGUCAGCCUCACAAGAGAGUAUAGAUUCGAGUCAAGAUAAACCAGUCGCAUCAACUACUUCUCACGAUGCCGUUCCGCAACCCAGCACUCCUCAGUCAGUCACGCCUACCGAGUCACCUAAACCAGCCAUCAGCAUGGUCAAGUCAGCAACCCCUCCUCCAUCAUCUCGAAUACACAUUACCUCGGCCACGGUCACCCCUCAGAAACGAGAGAUGAAUGGUUUAGAAAGGCCGGGUUCGAGACAGGCUGAAACCAUUGAACAGUGGGAAGACCGAACUCUACGAAACAUAUUUCGAAUCACUUUGGAUCCCACUCAGAAGAAGGACCAGAAUGGACAAGUACUUCAUCCAGCCGCGCAACUUAAAGAAGAACUGGAAUCUGAGAACAGAUCUACCUCCUUGACCACCGAUUUACUCGAGCAAGCGAUCAUGGAGGCUGGAUCUGCGCUCCAUAGAGUCACCCCACACGAAUGGCUGUUCGGAUGUUGGAAGAGGAUCACACGAAUGACCAAAGCGGUAAAGGAUCGUUCACCCGAAAACAAGAAAUGGUCGAUACUCUCAGAGGCAAGGAGAUUAUGUAUGAACUGGUGUAUCCUGUCUAUCACAACCCCGGACAUAUUUGGAGUUGCUUACGACGGCAUCGAAGCACUGGCCGAUCAUUUGCUGAAUGAUCCUGACGAUGAUGGUGGCGUGUGCCAAGAUUUCAUUAAUGAAGCCAUCACCAGGUUUGAGGAGGAUGACUCCAUUAAGGAUGCUUUCAUCAAGGCGAUCGAAACACUGAGUCGACGUUUAGCUAAGGAGACCAUGAUUUCCGACUAUCGACGCUACACCGGCAUGUUGCGGCAUCUAAUUAGAUACAAGCCAAUUGCGAUAGCAAUUUCAGAGUCUUCGAUGUUUGUUGACAAGUCCACACCAGCUGCGCAGCUAGAAGUUGCCACCUUACUCGGUCCAUACUUUCAAAUUUCGCCAUUGCAAGCUGACGUUACCAAAUCCUACUUCUUCGAGCCUAAGACCAUGGAUCCAGGCAAGAUUAGAAAUUCUCAAAACUCCUUACAAUUGGCUUUAAGAACACAUCAGGAUGAACUGUUCGACAUAGUCAACACACUCGUUCGAUCCUCUCCCGACGCGCGGGAACGGGUGCUUGAUUGGUUUGCCCUUACCGUCAAUGCGAAUCACAAGCGCAGAGCCAUGAGGGUCGACAAGACGACUGUUUCGAGUGAUGGGUUCAUGGUCAACGUCAAUGCCGUCCUAGAUAAGCUGUGUGAACCCUUCAUGGAUGCACAAUUUUCGAAGAUGGAUCGUGUCGAUAUUGACUAUCUGCGGAGAGAUCCCAGAAUCGACAUCAAGGAUGAGACCAAGAUCAAUUCCGAUCAAGACAAAUCGGAUGAAUUUUACGAACACAAAGCGACAGGUACAAACAAUUUCAUUUCCGAGCUGUUCUUUUUGACCGUCGCUUCUCAUCACUACGGUAGUGAGGCUGCCCGGAACAUGUUGAAGGACAUGGAUCGAGAAUUGAAGUACAUGGCCAAGCAGAUUGAGCAAUUCGAGACCGAGAGACACAAAUACAUCAACAACCCGGUCCAGCUCCAGAUGUUCGAGAACGCACUUAAGAAGUACAAGGAUCAACAUGAUAAAGGACUAGCAUACAAGUACGCCGUCCAAGGAGUCCUUCUGGAUGAAAUCUCGCAAACACGAUCAAUGCAGUUCAUGCGUUUUGUGACUAUCUGGCUACUUCGACAAGUCUCCACUCACAAGCAGUUCCCAAAACAGUCCUUGGCCCUACCCCUUCCCACAGAACAACCUGAGGCCUUCAUGAACCUUCCGGAAUACUUUUUGGACAUCAUUAGUGGAAACUUUGGAUUUAUCAUGUACAACAUGCCACAAGUGAUCUCUCCCACGCAGUCGGAUGAGCUCAUCAUGCUCUGCAUCACUUUCUUGCGCAAUUCUGAAUAUAUCAAAAAUCCCUAUUUGAAAGCCUCUCUGGUCACCAUCUUGUUUCGAGGGACCUGGACCUGGCGUCAGGGUGGAAGAGGUAUCCUGGCAGAUCAGUAUAACAGUAUGCCAUUCGCGACAGAGCAUCUGCUGCACUCCUUGAUGAAAUUUUUCAUUGAAGCCGAGUUCAUGGGUGGCCAUGGUCAAUUUUUCGACAAGUUCAAUGUCCGUUUUGAGAUCUUCCAAAUUAUUAAGUGCAUUUGGUCGAAUACCGUAUACCGGGAACGCCUUCUCAAGGAAGCAAAGGUCAACAUAGACUUCUUUGUCCGUUUUGUCAACCUACUUCUCAACGACGUCACGUUUGUUCUUGACGAGUCGUUUACAUCGUUCCAUCAGAUCUAUGACCUCACGAAAGAAUUGGCCCUCGCGGGCACAACCCUGGAUCAACAACAGCGCCAGGAGAAGGAAGAGGCUCUAGAAUCGGCCAAAAGCAAAGCCAAAUCGUACAUGCAAUUGACCAAUGAAACUGUUGGAAUGCUGAAGCUGUUCACAGAGGCCCUCGGAGAUGCAUUCACCAUGCCAGAAAUUGUGCAGCGACUGGCUGAUAUGCUGGACUACAACCUCGAUGCAAUGGUCGGGCCAAAAAGCACGUCUCUCAAGGUUGACAAUCUCCAGGAGUACAACUUCCAGCCCAAAGUCCUUCUUAGCGAGAUCGUCGAUGUGUAUCUCAAUCUGAGUGAGAGAGAAAAUUUCAUACUUGCCGUUGCGCGAGAUGGGCGAUCAUAUAAGCCAGACAACUUCACCGCUGCUGGGAGCAUCCUACGCAAGUUUGUGCUCAAGACCCCUGAGGAACUUGUGCGGUGGAGUCUGUUGAUCGAGAAAUUCGCCAAAAAUAAGGAAGAGGAUGAAGCAGCAGAUGCUGACUUGGGUGAUCUCCCCGAUGACUUCCUUGAUCCGCUCAUGUUUACACUCAUGGACGAUCCUGUCAUCUUGCCCGUUAGUAAAACGAUUAUUGAUCGGAGUACUAUUCGAAGUCAUCUUCUCAGCGAUCCUCAUGAUCCUUUUAACCGUGUGCCACUCAAGAUUGAGGAUGUUAUUCCUGCGACGGAGCUAAAGGAAAGAAUAAUCAAGUUCAAGGAAGAAAAGGUCGGGAAUCGGCGUAAAGAUUUCGUGGAGACGGUCAAAACUGAGGAUGCGACCACUAGUGUCGAACAAUCUGGCGACGCAAUGGACACCAGCCAAUGA